AUGAGUGUUAAUGGGUCAAAUACUUUGCGCCGGCUAGGUGCUAAAUCAGCAAAUACCGGUGCAAUUGAUGAGGAAGGAUUUCGGCAUUCCUUUUCGACUGUUUCCUCUCUUCCUAUAUACUCUUCUCGCGAUCUCUCAGAAUAUAUGACUAAAAUUAAGGAUUCAGUCUCCGCUCAUUCAGAAGACUGGGAGCGACGUGUAAAUGGACUUAAAGAUUUGCGCAACGUAGUUGCCAGUGGUGGCCAUCAGAUGGAUGAUUUCCCAGCCCUCCUCCGCACUGUUGAAGCCCCGGUUCUCUCCUGUAUUCAAGAUCUUCGAUCGCAAGUUGUCAGAGAAGCUUGCAUAACUGUUGCAUAUCUAUCCCAAGAAAUUGGCGGCAAAUUCGACCAUUUUGCAGAGCAUACCUUUGCAUCCCGUGUUCUACCCAUUAUCAUCGGUGGAUUACAAUCAAAAUCAAAUGUUGUUAGGAAAAACGUCUGCAUGUUCCUGAAUCCCAUCUUUCAGUACUGGCCCGUACACGUUUUAGAAAGACAUAUGGGUAUAAUUCAAGAGGCUCUGCGAAAAGGAGUUGCUGACGCUGAUCAAGACGCUCGUUCCGCCACGAGAAAUGCCUUCAAGACUUUUGCUGAGAAGUUCCCCGACCAGGUAGAGCCAGUUUUACGAAAUAUGGACCCAGCGAAGCGUAAGGCAAUCGAGCGUUCACUGGCUUCAAAUGGAGUCGACGAUCAGUCAAGUGUGGCGAGUGGCACUAGCAGUCGAACAACUAGUCAAACCAGCCUGGCUACAGCUGGAUUAACAGGAACGGUCAAACGCACCACUAGACCUGCAAUGGGCACCUCUGGUCUGGGAAAUACUGCUCGAAGGCCCACUGUCACGGGAACUGGAGCCUAUAUGUCCGAAUUGGCACGAAAAAACCUUGGCGCCUACGGAGAAGCUCGUUCCCGGAUGGGCGCUGGCAAAGUCUCCAUGUCGCAACCCACGGAUAAAACAAGUUAUGAAUAUGGAGACCACACUGAAGACGGUGAUGAUACACCCCCUGCUAGUCGGGAGACUUCUCCCCUACGAACACCCUCAGAAGUGGACUUCAGUACCGGCUCCACAGCUUCAGCCGUUGCAAAGGCCUAUGCGAAGACGAUCAGUUCCACUUUAAAUCGCCGAAAGCCUCUGGGUUAUGGAACUGCUGCUCGGGCUCCGAGGAAAAUAUCGAGAAGUGGGCUUAAUAGUCAAGGCGCUUCUCGAGAAGCUUCGCCCAGUUCUGCUGUCAGUGCUACUGCUCCGUAUAAUACUUAUAGUGCAGUUGGCACAGCCAACAGACCAUCCCUAACUUCAAUGAGUGAUGCUGGAUUUUCUCAGUUCAAGAGUGCCUAUUCGCGUCGUCAGUAUGAGUCAGACGAUAAUGCUAGUGAGACAUCAUCCUUGUGCUCAGAACGAUCUGGCCAGUCGAUGCCCGUCUAUCGUCGCAAUCAUAUGCGUCCCAUUGCCGGAAUUGGUGAUAUAAUUAAACUCCUGAGUAGUUCUCAGUGGUCUGAGAAGAAGGAUGGCCUGCUCAACUUAAAGGAGUACCUCCGAUCAGGCCAAACUUUGAGCCACCAAGAAGUGGUACGUGUGGCGGAAGUCCUCAGUGUCAUUUUUGGUGAAUCAUCAAGCAAAGUCAUUACCCCCUUUAUGGAGACCCUCCAACUCUUUAUCAAGGGCUAUAAUCAAUACCUCCAUGAGUGGAUCUAUAUUGCAAUGGUGCGUUUAUUUAAUCGUCAGGGCCAGGAAGUCCUCUCCACACAUCAAAAGUCUAUCUCUGAUACUCUCGCCGUUAUUCGAUCUCAUUUCCCACUCAAUCUCCUCUUUGCCUGUUGCUGCCGUUUUAUAAUUGAUGACGCAAUGUCUCCAACACUCAAGGUCAAAGGUCGAGUUCUAGACUACCUGAAAGAUCUCCUGGUUAUGAUGCCUGUUGAUGCUAUCAGUAAUCCCACCCCAGAAAUGGUCAAGAGUAUCAUUCGCAUCAUUACCUGGUCCACGGAACCCAAAUCAGCUGACGUUCGACGUACGCCACCUACUUGCGAUAUUACUGAGGAAACAAUACCGCUGGCAAGUCGCGUUGUGAUAAAACUCUCCCACCUGAACCCAGCUGCUUUCAGUAGUAUGGUUCAGAUGAUGCCUAAGACCACACAGGAUCAAGCGGCCAAGUUGUUGAAAACUUACGCAAAGACCUCAACAGGUAGCAACUCCGGUGUCUCCUAUGAUGCAACUUCCCCCGAUGGUGCACGCACUGCAUCGCGUUUGCCCAAACCAAUAACGGGCAAUGGUACAAGACCCUUCAGUCCCAUCACAGAGACCUGCGUGCCUGGUGUGGCUCACGAGGCUCCCGUGAAUCAAUUCUCACCUCCAGGAGGGCCCAAGAAUCGAUCUGUUAGUACCCCCGAUGGUCACACGGCUGGACUUGUAGCUGAAUGUGGAGGUCAAAUGCAAGCACCACCGCCUCCGCCCUAUUCGGCCAAUCUACCAAUAGGAGGACAGAACGGUGAUGGAAGUCAUCAUUACUUCCCUGUUGCGGCUUGUCCCGGAAAUAUGAACAGUGUGCCUCAGUAUAGCCAACAGAACUCGUAUCCUCCUGGCAAGAGUCCUCAACCACAACAACAACAGCAGCAACCACCAUCUCUAUUUAGCGGAAUGACCAACGAUCAAAUGCCACCUGAAGAUGCUAUCACAGAAAUUUUGCAGGAACUUUCCAACUACAAUGACAGAUAUGAGCAGCGCAAGGCAUGCAUGCUGAAACUGAUUAAAUUACUUAGAGAUGGAACUAUUCAAACCUGGGAGGAGCAUUCGAAACCCACUUUGUUGAUUCUACUGGAGUCUCUCUCGGAUGCAUCGAGCGAGACUCGGGCCCUGGCCCUGAGAGUAUUGCAGGAACUGGUGCGCACCCAGGGUGAACUCAUAAGUGACUACGCAUGUCUCACUGUCAUGAAGAUUCUCGAAGCUUGCAAUGACACUGACAAGGGGGUAAGCGCGUUUUUAUCUUUCAUUACCAUUUGUUUGCUUGCGUUUAUUGGUAUUAUUAUCCUAUAA